AUGUCGCUUUACAAACCAGGUUCUUCAUCCUCCCGACCCACGGGCGGGAGCAUCACCGAAUUCGAGAUCCUCAAAGCGCACCAUCGGUUUCUCCGCGAAGAAGACGACGAGAAAGGACUGACGUGGAACGACCAGCUCGCGAAGAAGUACUACGACCACCUCUACCGCGAGUUCGCCGUCUGCGACCUCAAGCACUACAAGUCCGGCCAUUUUGCCCUGCGCUGGCGCACCGAAUCCGAAGUUCUAGCCGGCCUCGGCGACUCGACGUGCGGCAACACGCGGUGUCCGCUUUUCCACCCGCUCCCGGACGACGAGCCGAAGCCGCGGCUGAGCACGCUCGAGCUGCCAUUCGCCUAUCAGGAAGGCGGGGAGGUGAAACAGGCGCUCGUGAAAGUUGUGUUGUGCCCGCGGUGCGUUAAGAAGCUGAUGUGGCGGAAGACGAAGGAGAAGGAAAAGCAGAGGAGGGCGGCGGAGCUGGAGGAGAAAGACGAGAGGUCAGGGCAUAGUGUGAAGGAAGAGGAUGAGGAGGACGGGAUCCCGGAGGGCCCGGAACGACCACCACCAGAGGAUGCGCGGGAUCAGAGCCUCCGUUCGAUGGAGCAACAGGAGGAAGGACGUGCGUCUCGACAUACGCGAGGUGGACGAGAUAACGCGCGACGCCGAAACUCGAGAUCACCCCGACGACGGCACGGCUCUCACGAAGGAUCCGCUAGAAGACGACGGUCCCGCUCGAAGUGA